UUCUGUUUUCCUCUCAUAAUAUCUACUUUAAAAAUUACAUCAAACUCAGCACCAAUCGAACUCAACCAGAGACACAAACUCGGAGGAAAGAAAAACCCUCUUUCACCUCAAUUCGAGGUUGUGCUCAAAUAAUUGGACAUGGCAGCGGCGGCGUCGGAGAAAACUGGAAGUAGUAACAUCGGUGGUGGCAGCGGCUCCACGAUGACCAUGAUCGAUGAGAUCUACGAGUUCUCGGCGCCGAGGUUCUUUGAUUUCAUCAAUGGGGAAACCGAGGAGGACGAGCGCAGGGCUCAGCUAUGGUUCGAUACUGCACUCUCCUACGCACCUUCACCAUUCAUGCCAAAAAUCAAGGUUGGUAGAUCUAUCACUGUAGAUACCUUGUGUGAUUUUAGUGAAGCUGACAAAAUAGACACGACAUCCGAAAAUGUUGACGAGACUUUUAAGGAAACAAUUAAACAGCCACAGAGCAUGACUACUGAAAUAAAGGAAGAUGAUGCACCUUGCAGUGAAGUCAAAGAAGAAAACAACACAACUACUUCUCAUGUGGUUCCUGCUGAUAUGGAAAGAAGUGAAGAUGUUUGCAAAGGAGAGAGCUCAUGCUUAGGGAUUUCAUCAUCUGGAGAUGGGUCUGCUGAAGUAGGAAAAGAUGCUUGCACUCCCAAACCAACAUUGCAGAAAAGAUUGACAACCACCACCUCCAAGAAGCAAGAGACGGCUAAAAUGAUAGGCACCAGUAAAAAACCACAGUUACAGUCAUCAUCCAUGAAAACCAGCACCGCUGGGACUCCCCAUUUGGCCCAAGAGAAUCAAGCUAUUAAAAGGCAAAAAUUGGAAGGAGGAAAGAGUAGACAGAUUCUGAAUGUCAAACAUCAGAAUUUGCCUCAUAAGUCUAAAUUGGGUUUAUUAACCACUAGCAAUGCCAACAUCUCUUCAAGUACUAGCAAGACUAACAAAGAAGACAGAAAGGUUUAUGUUCGUGAAACACCAAAAACAGCACCUGUACCAUUUAUAUCAACAGCAGAAAUACUCAAAAGAUUUCAGUCCAGUACCAGAGACCUGUCAUUGCCCAGUGCUCUUUCUAAUUCGGGGAAAUGUUGCUUCCAUGACCAGACGAAACCAAAACUAACAUUGACCCGACCAAAAGAACCUGAAUUUGAGACAACUCAAAGGGUUCGCCCAACUAGGGUGAAGAGUAGUGCUGAACUUGAGGAAGAAUUGAUGGCUAAAAUGCCAAAGUUUAAGGCUCGUCCACUGAAUAAGAAGAUUUUGCAGACUUCAAGUUUGCCUCCAAUACCAAGAAGUACGCCCCAUCCUCCAGAGUUUAAGGAGUUUCAUUUGGAAACAAUGGCCAGGGCCCAUCAGAAUGUAGAUUCAGCAUCAGUAGCUUCAACAGAGCUAUCUCAUAAGGAUAAUUCAUGGAAGCCUCAUCAUCUUACAGAACCUAAAACACCUGUACUUCAAACAUCACUGAGGGCCCGCCCACCCAAGGUGAAGAGCUCCAUGGAAUUAGAGCAAGAGGAGCUUGAGAAAGCCCCCAAAUUCAAGGCAAGGCCGCUAAAUAAGAAGAUUUUUGAAAGUAAAGGGGACAUUGGCAUAUUCUGCAAUGCAAAGAAGAACGUUACCGAGCCUCAAGAAUUUAACUUCGCAACAAAUGAGAGGAUCCCACCACCUGCUGCUGUGGCAGAUUUGUUUGACAAGCUGUCUUUGAAGUCAUCUGAAUCUGCACGGAGCCAUAAUCCUCUUCCAAGAAACACAACUCCAAAUCCAUUUCAUCUGCAUACCGAGGAAAGAGGCGCUGAAAAAGAAAAGAAACUGUUGGUAGAACUUCUAACAAAACAGUGGGAGGAGGAAAGAGCGAGGGUUCCCAAGGCUAAUCCAUAUCCUUAUACCACUGACUACCCAGUGAUUCCGCCAAAACCAGAACCCAAGCAAUGCACAAAACCAGAACCAUUCCAACUGGAGAGCCUAGUGAGACAUGAGGAAGAAAUGCAAAAGGAAAUGGAAGAAAGACUAAGAAUGGAGAAAGAAGAGGCCAAGAUGAGAACAUUCAAGGCACAGCCAAUCUUAAAUGAGGACCCAAUCCCAGUUCCAGAAAAGGUUCGAAAACCCCUUACACAAGUUCAACAGUUUAAUUUACAUGUAGAACAUCGUGCUGUGGAUCGAGCACAAUUUGAUGAAAGGAUUAAGGAGAAAGAAAUGAUGUACAAACGAUACAGAGAAGAAAGUGAAGCAGCAAGAAUGAUAGAGGAAGAGAAGGCUCUGAAACAGUUGAGAAGGACAAUGGUUCCUCAUGCUAGACCUAUUCCUAAAUUUGAUCAUCCAUUUUGUCCCCAAAAGUCUACCAAAGACACAACAAAACCUAAGUCACCAAAUUUGCGGGUACUCCAUAGAAAGGAGAGGAGGAAGGUAUUCAAUGGAACUGUAGUUUCAAGUCCUGCCUCCAACAUGAGAUGAUGAUGGCUACAUCAACUUUGUAUAAGUAUUGUAAUUUGUUCAAGAUUUCUUGAAUGACACACACUUUUCUGUAUGUUCCGUAGUUGUUUUUGUUGUCAAAUUCUUAAUUCCUUGUAAAUUUUUCCAAUCUUAAUUUUUAUCACAAU